UGUACACAAAUACGUGCGGGGCGGAGCUUUUUGAAAGAUUAUUACAGUUGAAUUCUGUCACCGUUUAAAAAGUCAAGAUUUGUGGGCCUAACAAGGUCGUACCGGCGAAAUCUUUACAAGCCGUGCUUACACAUGGGAGCGGCUAAUUGAUCGUUAUCAGGAGGAGGGCGAGCAGUAUUGACGUCUAACGGAGGAAAGACCCAGUGAAAAGGCCUCAAUUAAUAAUUUUCGCUUUUCAACGAACGAAGUGUAUACACUAUUUAGCUUGGAUUAACGUCAAUACAGGGAGUUUACGAGAUUUUUUUUAUGUUUCAUCCGUAUAAUUUUGCCAACAUUCUUGUAUUUUUUAUAGACAAGCAUACAUGCUGGCUUGUUGAAUAAGGUAAUAUACAUACAUAUAUGUGUAUAAAUAUGUUAGAGUAGUGUAAUCUUACCUGCAACUGAAGUACUAAAUAUAGUCGUAUUUAUAUAUAGUUUUACGUGUUAAAUGUACUAUAACAGUGUAAAUUUAUCUGCAACUGGAUUUACAAAUGUACAUAGGAUCGGGCAAGGAUGGCAGUAGACGCGAAACAUCUGUAGAGUGUGGUAUACCUCAGACGAUGAUUGGAGUCGCAAGUAAGCGUUAUAUCUGCGUAUGAUACAGCAGACCUGGCCAACAGGAAUAGUUUGAGUGACAUGAGUGUGUUUAUGUCCUCUUUGCCAAUUCCCUGAAUAUUUAUAAUUCUUGAUUCGUGAGAUUCUCCUGCUGGAAGUGUAUGUAUAGAACUCCCCGUCAGAUGUUGAUGUUUCUCAGGGAACGAGCGAGAAACCAGACCAACAGAGGAUCUUGUUCAGUUCUGGGAUAAAGACGGAAAACUGGAGAUAUACUUUAAAUUUAUCUCGGCGGUAAAAGACAGACGAAGAGAACGUUAUAAUCUAUACCUUGAAGGUAAAUGUUAGAAGACUAUAUCGGCGGUAAAAGACAGACGAAGAGAACGUUAUAGCGGAUAUACCUAGAAGGGGUAUAAUGUCUUAUAUCGAGUAUAAAUAAAAAGACAAAAAGAGGAAUUACAUUGCAUUGUGUGGAACCAAGGAUAUGUCCGGGACGUUAUAUAAUCCCGAGAUGUAAGGAUGAGACUGGACACUUGGAAGCGACACCUGUUGGCUGUAGUGGGAAUACCGGUGACUGUCCUCCUACUCGGACCGUUGCUGUGGAUGGUAUCGGCACCACGCGAUGAUAUAUACAAAGAAAAAGACAUCCAUUUAAGACGGCUGGUUAGAUCACUCCACAGUCUAGAGAAGGAUCGACAGCUGAUUGAGGACUCGAAAAGUGAUGCUGAUAAAAAGACAGUGUCCUCCAAAGUACCAUGGCUUCAAAAAGACUUCAACAAGUUCUUGCCAAACAUAUAUCUGAGAAAAUCCACGAAGCCGACAAUACGAGAUUCUGCAAUAGUGUUUCUUCAGCAGGAAUUUGCCUCUGCGGAUAAACUACUCCAUACGUGUUUGUCAAAUAUAUCGUAUGACAAAGACCUACCCAUGUCACCGGUGAUGCAUGUGCAAAAUCGAUUAUUGUGGAACGCGGGAACGAAAGAUUCCUUGGCAUUCAAGGAACGGAUAAAAGUGCACCGUGGUCCUUAUUCUUUUGGUGCCUGUGAUAAAAUCAAUGUUAAAUGUGCCCAUUUCAUCAUGGUACAUGAUCCAUUUGAGUUAGCAAUGUCAAGUUAUGAAUUUUGUAAAGCAGAUCCAUAUCAUGAAAAGUGUACAGCGUUUCAAUCAAAAUCUGUUUCCCUAAGGGAAUGGAUACUUCUUCAAAAAGGUGCCUUAUUUUACCAGUUACUGUUUUCGCCAGAAAUGUGUUCACAAGACAAAUCAAGACAAUUAAAAUAUCUCCAAAAAUCACAAUUGAAUUCCACCAUCCAUGAUCAAGAUCAAAGGAAUCCUUGUUGGUACAGACAGAAACUGUUGUUAGGUCAAGCGUUAAGUGAUACAGAUAUCGGUCAUAUUACGGACUUCAUUGUCAAUCACCUCUCCGAUUGGUUCGCCGUGAUUGGCCUCGGUGCUGAUGUAGAUAGCAGUUUAGAAAUGUUUGAAAAAGCUUUUGAACUUCCUUUCACCAAGUGCCUUAAAAGUGACAGCGGCAAUGAUUUAAACAACAAUAAUAGUUAUAACAGAGCCAGUCACACUGAAUCAGAGGAAGAUGAACCUUCUGAUGACUAUGAUGACGAUGACACCUUAGACUUAAGAGACGACUUUCGUAUACAGGAAGCAAUGCUACCAGAUCUGAAAAUUUAUAAGGAAGCCAGGCGACUGUUUCAUAUUCAGCAACAAAUCCUUUUAAACAAAGUAUAAUAGACAUUAUGUAUUUGUAGGUUUGUUUACAUUUGUUAAAUAAAUAUGACAUACAAUAAUUUGCAUAAACGUUUGUAUAAAACAUUUACAGUAAAAUCUAAAUUAGUUAAAAACCACUUAUGCGGUGAGUGGAAAAACUACAUAAACAUAAAAAAGACGAACAGUCCAACUUUGGUUUUGUUAAAAUAUAUCUGCAUUAAAUGCAUUUAGCGCCUGGUAUAAUUAACAAAAUUGAUCUAAGACGCCUUAACUGAGGUUUUGUUUGUAAAGUAUUUAAAAUAACACAGAUCAAAUUUCGUUUAAAAGUUUUGAUAACAAGAUCUAAUAAAAAAAAAAAA